CGCCCAUAUGUCGCUCGUGCUCGACACUUAUAAGUUCGUACCGGACGGGAAAAGGAAACCUGGAGCACCAAACAUCACAGUUCCCUUUCUACUCUCACUUUCCAAAUACACGCACACCUGACUCGACUGGCUUAUAUGUUUGACUGAUCAAUAAUGAUUAGAAGCGCCAACUUUAUCUGUACAGCAAACAAAUACACAAACAAACCAACAAAUAAAUGAAGGCACUUGUGCUGAUCUGCCCAUUAAUAAAGUUUGAUUGUCCUUAAUACAAGGUGCACGUGCGAAUGAAAGUGACGUCAUGAAAAGGAAACGCAAAUGUUUCGUCCGGUUUUCUAAUUGGUCUCUCAGGAGGAAAGUCCCUUCACUUUCCUCCUUGUCCCUUUUUUCCCAUUCACUUUCACAAUCACGGCUGAUGACGUCACAUUCACGCUCGCUUUGCCCAGUCGAAGAAACCCUUACAAUAUUUAUUGUAUUAUUCGCUGUCCAAUGUUUUGUUUUAGUGUCAAUGCCAAAGCGCACAAAUAAUCUUGCCAAAGUGGUACAUGAUUUUGUUGGGCAUCUAUUGCUGGAAAAGCGAAACCUGGUCACGUGAUCAAAACGAGACACCUUUGAUUGGCUGGUGCUAACGUAGCCGCGAGUUCCUCCUGAAAUUAAACCCCGCCUCUUUCCGGAAGCGCGCACCAUCUGUUCGCUGGCGAGGAAACUUUUGAAUUAAGAGUCGCUGAAAGACGACGAGAAAGAAGGUUUUAAUUCUUUUACUUGAGUUUUAUUCGCUUGUCGUGUUCCUAACGACACGCCGAAGAAGACAUUUUCGUUUCUUUGCCAUGGAGGUAGACGUGCUGGACUUUUUGGUUCCUGUGGAGAACAACAAGACUUUGUUCGUGUGGAACAUCCAGCCGGACUUCACCGAGGCCCACAUCCACGAGCGCUUGCACGCGGUCUUCUCGUCCUUCGGCCCGCUCUACCUGCUGAAGGUGCGCCCAAACGCCGCGCUGAGCACGCCCGGCUUCAACGGCAUGGUCAAGUUCUACUCGGCGGCUCAGGCGCGCAAAGCCCAGCGGAACACGGACGGACGCGCCCUCUUCCAGAACACACCCCUCAAGGUGAGGUUGAGCUCCAAACAGACGCCUCACUUCCUGUCUGGCAACAAGCCUCUGAGCCACGCCCGCUGUGUGGAGUUGGCCAAUGAGUGCCUGGGAUUCAACGGGUGGACGUGUGACAUCAUCACACUGAAGGAGCUUCCCUGCGAGGAGGAGGAGGAGGCGGAAGCGGGCGCCGGCGGGCGUGUGCGUGUGAAGCUGGGCUGCGUGGUGCAGAUCUCGUUCCCGCGUCACAGCGUGAGCACGCGAGGAGCCGCCGUGGUCGAGGAGGACGUCGUCGCCGCCGCAGGUCCUGAGGCGCUGCUGCAGAAGCGCAGCAGGAUGCACAAGCUGGUGCGAGACAAAGCGGCGGUCCAGGCCUUCUCCACGGUGGUUCUGGUUCUCCUAGGUGAGGGCAAAGUCACGGUGGAGCCGCGACGCUCGGCGGAACACCUCUUCUCCGAGGAGUCUCGAGGAAUCGUCCGGGUCCGGGACCGGGUGAGCGCUUGCGUCUGCUUAUUCGACGUCCGCCCGGCCCGACUGAUGAUGUCAUCGUGUCAGGUGGACAACUAUCCUGCCAAUGAAGACCUCUGGGAACACGAAGACCUGGACCUGACCGUGUGGUAGACCACCACCGGCGCGGCGGGCGUGAACAUUUCAGCAACUUGCAUAAUUGAAGGGGAGUUUUUACCAAUUUGAAGCCCUAUUUCAUUACUCAUACCAUUUCAUUUCGUUUGACAGGAAAUGUGUUUGAAACCUAGCGCUCUAAUAUUAUACAUACAGUAAUUGCAGAAUUAAAUACAAGUCAAAAGAAGGAAUCACUUUCUCCCUCAAUUGUGCCACUUGGCCACUAAACAAAACCGAUUCAUCGAACAGUUGCGGCGCCGACCUGGCCGAGGAAAACGAAGAAAAUACAAAGAAAUGCCGAUUCUCCAAAGUGUCCGACGGGACGGUUGCGUGGCAUCAUAGCGUGCUCGGGGAGCGUGGGAGCAGAUCGGAACGUGCGAUUCCAUCUUCCAAAAGGAGGAGGAGGAGAAGGAAAACCAACUGAGCUGGUCCUCCCCGUUGCUUUCGCCCUAUUUUGACUCAUGUCGCGUUAAUACAAACGCUAGCCACAUUUAAAUACAGUAGGGUAGCAGGCCUAAGUCGUCAUUUUAGAAAUAAAACCUGUAACAUUGUGCUACACAGAGGCGAAAAACGACCUCGUCAUUCAAUUCAAAGGUAUUCCACAUCAACACAUAAAUUGUACCGAAAGAAAUGUUGCCUGUUGUGGGUUUCAAGGCAAAUGUUACCGAUUAGCCGAUUGGAUUCAUCCACAAACAAGUUUGACGUCACAAAGUUUAUACAAACAACGAGGACGUGUCACGCUCAUUAGCUUAGCCGAACGAGUUUCACAAAACAACAAGUUGCAGGGGUCAGAAGCGAGGUCGUCCAAACAACAGACUGCAAGGAACCGCAACAUACACACGGAGCAGGGGUCACGACCUUUUUGAAAGGUGCGGAGGAAUGCGACGCACACUUCUGAAAUCGCACAUUUGCUUCAAUUACUGACGACUAAAUCAUCUCAUCGCUACAAUGCUGACCUUUGAACCUUCUUAAAACAUUUAGUCAUUCCCCAAAUGUACACCAAUGCAAAUAUGAUUGAAAAAUGCAACACA